UCAGAUACCGAUAAAACAGAGGACUCUGGUGAAAAGAAACAGAACAAGGAUGCUGUACAAACUGGAAUCAACGUGCUUAGACCUUGCUACGGGCUUGUUGACCAGGGGGAUAGAGUGCCAAGAAUAACUUUGAAACAGCUCAUUCGAACACAGCUCAGACACAGCCUGGCUGGUUGAGGGUCUAGAAAAAAAACUUGUGCUCAAAUUGUAAUUGCAACAUGUUUUCUCUAGUGACCCUGCAUAGCCAAACUGCAGCUGAGUUGCAAUCAAGUGAGCUGCUUUGAAAUUCUUUAUGAAUGGCUCUGCUAGCACUACUCAGACAGGACCAUAGGUAAAGCGAAUUCCUGAAAAACGUAUUUAAAGCAACAUGCCCCUUUUGGAGACCACAAGUCUUGCAGAGCAAGAGAAGAUGGGUCAUGGAUUGUGUCCUGUUGAGAAGAUGAAGCCAGAUCCACUCCUGAAUUCCCGGGAAGCCCAAGUGAAACGCAAUGGAGAGACUCAUGUAGAUCUCACUGCAAAGAGACGCAAAAGUUCUCCUAUAGGCUGUCUGUCAAGUGUCAAGUCAUGGGCACGUCCUUUCACAAUUCUGAGUGUGGUUCUCAAUAUUGUUCUCAUCAGUGUCCUUAUUGCAUGGUCAGUGAGAAAAUCUGAACUGUGUCUGGCUGAUCCUAAAUCCCCAGAGGCCUUCUGCCUGGAUGGCUGGGUUGGUUACCAAGGGAAAUGCUAUUACUUCUCCGAGAUGGAAGGGAACUGGACCUACAGCCAGAGCCACUGCACCUCCCUCGGUGCCUCCCUGGCUGGGAUCGACAGUGAGCAGGAAAAGGUUUUCAUGAUACGGUACAAAGGGAUCCCUGACCACUGGAUCAGCUUCUGGAGGGAACCUAGUGGGACCUGGAAAUGGGCCAAUGGCACCGACCUCAACAAUGGGUUUGAAAUACGAGGCGGAGGGGAAUGUGCUUAUCUGAACAAAGUCGGAAUUGGAAGUUCCAGAUGUUCCACACAGAGGAAUUGGAUUUGCAGCAGACCACAAGUCAGUGCCCAGAUAUUCAGCUUGUAGCACAAACAUCCAGGUCUACAAGACUAUUUGUUUCUAUGCUCCUCUAUGGAUAUGAAACCUGGGUGACCUAUUGACAGCACCUCAAGAGUCUGGAGAGGUACCACCAACAAUGCUGCUGGAAGAUCCUUUGCAUCAAGUGGGAAGAUCGCUGCACUAACGCCAGCAUCCUCACUGAAGCCAAAAUCAUCAGCAUGGAAGCAAUGAUUCUCAUGCACCAACUCUGCUGUGCUGGACAUUGUGUGCAGAUGCCAGACUCGUGCCUCCCGAAACAAGUCCUCUACUCUCAGCUCACCCAUGGUCAGAGAUCCUGUGGUGGUCAGAGGAAACACUGCAAAA